AUGGAUACCCUUGCUUCUGAGAGGGUGGGGCUUCGUACUUACAAGAAGUUCUGUCAGAGAACCAGUGAACCAUCAUUUGCAAUUUUGCUUUGUAUUCUGUAUCCUUUGGUUUCAGGUGAAGAGCUGACAUUGUUCUUGAUGGAUGAAUGUGGCAUGGCCAGAAAGCUGAGCUUCUUCAAUUGGUUCACUGGAUGGAAAGGACAAAAUAAACCUUUGGGAAAAGCUAUUUCAAUGAUUAGUGGAAACAACCUGGAAGUAAUGAAUGAAAAUCACCAGAAGCCAAUUGAACUGAAAGUCUUCCCAGCAAAGCAGCCCUAUAUUCCAUAUGCCUUAGCUGUUUCUUACAUCAACCAGUCCCGACUUGGGAGCAGCGGUGGCUCUGCGUGCUGGGUUCCGGCUUGGGGCCCAGGGCAGCCGUGGGGGCCUCGGGAGGCCGUGGCCCUAAGGCAUGUGUUGGGAGAACAAUGUGUGCAGCAGCCCCUGCUGUCUCCCUACCCCUCCCCUAGCAGAGGCCUGGCUCGGCUCCAUACAUAUGCAGAUUUAAGGAGCCUGGCUGAGUGGCAGCAGCAGCCCAUUGGCUGUAGCAGUGUGCAUUCACUGAGCUCAGACGACUUAUCAAAUCUCAACCUGGGCAUCAGCGAGCGAGCCCGCCAGGCGCAGCCGCUGACCACUCUGCUUACUAAGGAGCCUGCCCCUGCCCCCACUGGUGAGAUUUGCUUGCAAUUUUAUCUCCUUUCUUAUUUGUAUCAACAGAUCUUCAUCAACAAUGAAUGGCAUGACUCAGUGAGUGGCAAGACAUUUCCUGUCUUCAAUCCUGCAACUGAAGAAGAGAUCUGCCAGGUAGCAGAAGGGGAUAAGGCUGAUGUGGACAAAGCAGUAAAGGCCGCAAGACAGGCUUUCCAGAUUGGUUCUCCAUGGCGGACUCUGGAUGCUUCAGAGAGAGGACGCCUACUCUACAAGUUGGCUGACUUGAUUGAAAGAGAUCGUUUGCUGCUAGCAACAAUAGAGUCCAUCAAUGGUGGAAAAGUAUUUUCUCAUGCAUACCAGAUGGACCUAGAAAGGUGCAUCAAUACGUUACGCUACUUUGCUGGCUGGGCUGACAAAAUCCAUGGCUCCACCAUACCAAGUGAUGGAAACCUUUUCACUUAUACAAGACUUGAACCUAUUGGAGUUUGUGGCCAAAUCAUUCCAUGGAAUUUCCCGCUGGUUAUGUUCAUAUGGAAGAUAGGGCCUGCCCUGAGCUGUGGAAACACUGUGGUUCUCAAGCCAGCUGAGCAAACACCCCUCACUGCUCUUUACAUGGCAUCUUUAAUAAAAGAGGCUGGUUUUCCUCCUGGUGUGGUAAACAUUGUCCCUGGUUAUGGGCCGACUGCAGGAGCAGCCAUCUCUUCUCACAUGGACAUUGACAAAGUGGCUUUCACUGGAUCAACAGAGGUUGGAAAACUAAUCAAAGAAGCUGCUGGGAAAAGCAAUCUGAAGAGGGUCUCCCUGGAGCUGGGGGGAAAGAGCCCAUGCAUUGUGUUUGCUGAUGCUGACUUGGACAAUGCCAUUGAAAUGGCCCACCAGGGGGUGUUCUACCACCAGGGCCAGUGCUGUGUAGCUGCUUCCAGGCUUUUUGUGGAAGAAUCCAUUUAUGAUGAGUUUGUGCGAAGGAGUGUUGAGCGGGCUAAGAAAUAUGUUCUUGGCAAUCCUCUGACUCCAGGAAUAAGUCAAGGCCCUCAGGUGGAUAAGGAACAACAUAAUAAAAUUCUUGACCUUAUUGAGAGUGGAAAGAAAGAAGGAGCCAAACUGGAAUGUGGAGGAGGACGCUGGGGGAAUAAAGGCUAUUUUGUCCAGCCCACUGUUUUCUCUAAUGUUACAGACGAGAUGCGCAUUGCCAAGGAGGAGAUAUUUGGACCAGUGCAACAGAUCAUGAAGUUCAAAACUAUAGAUGAAGUGAUCAGGAGGGCAAACAAUACUAGUUAUGGCUUAGCCGCCGGGAUCUUUACUAAAGACCUCGAUAAAGCUAUGACUAUCUCCUCUGCUCUGCAAGCGGGCGUAGUGUGGGUAAAUUGUUAUCUUCUGUUAUCUCCCCACUGCCCCUUUGGUGGUUUCAAGAUGUCUGGAAAUGGACGAGAAAUGGGAGAAUAUGGUCUGCGUGAAUACACUGAGGUCAAGACAGUUGCCAUGAAAAUCUCUGAGAAGAACUCCUAAAAGACACCUUCAAAAGUAAAGACACUUCUUCAAUGUCUAAGCAUCUCCUACAGUUACUAAUACAGUGAAAUUUAAAUAUAACCUCCAUUUUUUCUUGAUUUUUUAAAAAUAUAGCUAAUCAUUCGUGCUAACACUACAAAUGGAAACCAUGUUGUGAAUUCUGAAA